CAUUUUGACUCACAGUCCAAGAAAAAAACCAGAAGAAACAAAAGCCAAGUGCCAACCGUGGCAGGAUUAGCUCAGUCGGUAGAGCGUUUGACUGCAGAGCGGGAGGUGGCGGGUUCGAUUCCCGGGGCCGGACCAUUACUCAGGGUCUUAAAAUGACUGAGAAAUGAAGGUACUUUCUUUGCACUGCAAGCGGCGAGACCUUCGCGUGGCUCGGAUGACCACUUCAAAUGGCGGUCCCGUCUCCAUCAGGAGACGUAAAAAUAGUGUCCCCAAUUAGAACUUUCGUGCUAAAUACAUUGGCACUCAAAUAAAAAGUAUAAGUGCAAGUGCAAGUAGCAAAAUGCAAGAUUUUUGACUGACAGUCAAAACAUGAAAAAUGUCAAAAAUGUCUGGAAACAAAAGCACUUUUCAUUAAAUGGAGAAAGCAGUGUGAUUAAAGUGUUGCAGGUGUGCGGAAAAACUUUUCUCAGAAACCUUGUUUUCUUUGACCUUCUGUUUGUUUGUAAGCUUAUUUAGCCGGCUUCUCGUUUGAAAGGCGAAUACUAGAUGAACAUACCCUGCUUAAAGCCUUCUUUUUGCAACCAUCACGACAACUAAGUUUCUUUAGAACGUCUCCUUUUCAUUAACAGUCAGAAAACUGUUUAAAGCGUGUGUAGAUCUCUGCGUAUUUUAUACACGACGCCAAACAUCGUCUCAAGUUAGUUACGACUGUCACCGUAAGAAACUUUAAAUAAUUAUGCCCGCUGUUAAACGAGACAACAAAUGCAAUAACUCAAACUCACAUGAGAUGCAACUCCUGAAAGCUAGUAAGUGAGGUUAGAAACGCUUUAGUUUUUCCCUUAACUCUUCUGUAAAAACCUGCAUGAACUACAAAAACAGCCAUCGAUGAAACCUCCGUUGCGACGCUUUUCUCGACCAAAACCCAAAUUAACAAAACACAACAAAGGAAUCUUGAUAACAGAUGUAGUUCUUUUCGUGGCGGUAGUGGAAAAACAUGAAAAGUUAUAAAAAACGCAAAAUGACAAAAAGCUUCAGUUUUCGGAAACAAAUUUUUAGUUGCUGCGUUUUUAUCCAUCGAUCAAUAUUCACCUGUCAAAAGUUUGACCAAUCUUAAAAGUCGAGGUUAUCAUUUGUAGGCGGGAACAGGGAACGGUGACAAUCAGUGACACGUAAAAGAGAAAAAGCAAGUCAAAUCACACGAUUUUUCUCGUGCUAUUUGGUAUAAAUCGGCACUCGUAAAUUUUUCAAAGACCACAAAUUGCACGAGCCCGUAUUGGUUAUUAGUCUUUGAAAAUUUACUUGUGCUUUAUCCCAAAUUGUACUCGAAAUCAUGUGAUUACCUAUACAACGUACUUAUUUUUACGGGAAAUGAGGUUUUGGUAAUGAAUUGUUUGCGGGAAUUUAAAUGUUAAAAUUUAUCUUUCUGGCAUACUUGUUUUGCUCCUGUUUGGUGUAGGGAAUUGUCCUGGCUAUACAAAUUCUAAAUAGUCAACUCCAUGUCCAAUGUUAUCAGGUCUUAUCAGAGUUGUGGCUAAUCAAAUAAUCAUAACGGAAGUAAACUCAGAUUUUUGGGUCCUUUCCCAUUUAAUAUGAGAUUAGAGUAUUAGGUCGCUGGACAAUGUUUGGAUAAUAAUUGAAUUUUGCUACAAGUGCUAUACAUUAUUAAAUCCGAUUUGUUUUAGCUUUUUAUACUUUUUGAAAUCUGAGCGUUUGUUUUAUAGCAAAUUUUUCAGAAGUUAUUAGAUUUGUUAGAAUGAAAUUCAAAUCAUAACGGAAUUCGAUGAUGCUUACCCUGCGAACAGAGUCUCCUUCGAUCUUCCUAGAUAAGUCGGGAAGAGGAGGGAAACUCUGCCGAGUCGCUUCCUCUUCCCCGACUAAUCUAGGAAAGAUCGAAGCGACUCUGCUAGCAGGGUCAUGAUGCUUCUCCCGUCAUGAAAUUCAAGAAGUUUGUUAGAUGAAGUUUUGACUAGUUUUCUGCGCGGAAUACCUUCAAUUGGAUUCUGUUAUGUUUUCUUAACAUUGUUUUUAGGCCUUUGGAUCUCUUAGCAAAAUUGUUUUGUACAUAAUAUUCGAUUUGUUAUUAAUUUAUGUGAGAAAACAGACAAUUUAACAAAUCAAAGGCUUGUGGUAGGCUUGUGGUACCUCCUUGCUCUAACUCAUCGGGUAAGUGAAACGUUUUAUUUGAUUUUUUUAGUAUCUGUUGAGGUAUACAGCUAUUUCAAAAAACAUUGUCGGAAGAAAAGCAAAAAGUUUAAGCCAAGACCGAAAGGUAAUAUGGGAUUUUUAUAAUGACCUGCUACAGGUCCUAUAGGAGUUUUGCGGCCACUCAAGUAUGUCCUUGAGAACAGUAUGGAACGUCUUUCUGUAAGUGAGAGUAUUUCUAAACGUUGGACAACUCUUAAAACAGAGGUGGUUGGAGGGCCUUCAAACAGUAGGGAGCUUAAGCAAAUACAAUGGCGACAAAAGAGACCGGGAACAACAAUGGGUUUAAAUUAGCAAAACAACAACUUAAUUUGCACGUCCAUCACGCUUUCUUUGUCCGUGGCCGUUGUUGCCCGACUAUGGCUUAAAAUGUCUCAUAUUUUAUAGAGGAAGUGAACAGCAGACCACAAUUUUCUUUUCUUUCUUUUUUUUAAACUUAAACUAGUCCUUUAGAAUUCAUUUCCAGAGGAAUCGCCAUCAUUUAAAAAAUUGAACGAGGUGGAAUAAAGGCGAUGUGGUUGUCCAUACAUUCUCACAUGCCGGUGUAGUGCAAAAUAUUAUCUGCAGUAGACUUUAGCUAGCUUUAAUUAAUGCUCGAGUAGGAACCAUUAUUCGGAGAAAGGUUUGUUUAUAAUAUUUUUUUGCCCACUUGGUUACUACGUUGUGCCAAGAGCCAUAAUAGGACUAUUAUGGCUCUUGGUUGUGCAAAUUGAUAAAAUAUAAAAUUUUAAUGUCAUUUUUCCUUGCUAAUUAGCUUAACAAAAUUGCUUUCAAAGAUGAGAAUAAGCAAGAAGGCACUUCGACUGAAACGUACUUUUACCUUGUGCUUUUUUAAAAACUGAAAUGAUAAAUAAUUUUUAAAAGUUGUAAAGUUUUUAAAGUUUUGUACGUGAACGAUUAUACCUUCAGUUACCAAUGAUUUCUUAAGGGUUUCUUUGUUAUGGGUAAAGAAUAAAGACUUGUCAAGGUACACCUAAUUGCAAUAAGGUUGUCAUAGAAAAAAGCAAAAAGCCAAAUAGGAAUUAAUUAGCAUUAAAUUAUCAUUCUUGCAACAUUCACAACACACACGCUUAUAGCUGAAUAUCAAUCACGUAAUAUGGAAGCCAAAUCAUUUGCAUCAGUUUCUUGGUGUCAUUCUAAUGCAAUUCGAGGCUGAUUCAUCUAGCGGAUUUCAAACGUGCUCUAAUUACAAACGUACAUCGGAUAACUACUAAAGAAAAAAUGGCUCCAUUUUUUUUCGAUAAAUAUAGCCUGAGGUAAAUUCCAGGAACGCGACGCGUCUUUUCGUUUAAUGCUAAAUAGAAAAGCCAGUCUGCGUAUGGUUUGUAGUGCACAACACCAUCAGAUCACAAUUUUCAAGCAACAAAUCAGGGGUUUAGGCAGGACUUUCCAUCGCGGAGAGGGUGAGGCGUUCCUCCGCCAGUUCCUUCUCCCGCGCAACAAACCAAGCUUCGUUUGUCAGGACCCUUUUGUUACACACAUCAGUGUUUCAUGUGCGGAAUCUUACAGCGCGGAAUUACAGAAUUAUUUCUUGUUAUUGUGAAUGACUUCUUAAAUAAUUGUUAAAUUAUUAAAAUACGCAAAUGUAAAUCACAUGGCUAAUUAAUUCCCAUUUGGCUUUCUGCUUUUUGCUUUUUUCUAUGACAACGUUAUUGCAAUUAGGUGUAUCUUUAGAAAGAAAAAACAUAUUUUACAAAAUUUUUAAGCAUUUGUUGUUCUUAUUCCUCGACAAAAGUGUUUCAAUGACUCUUUUGGUUUGCAUGUGACAUAAAUAAAAUUUUAAACUAAGAAUCCGUCGAUCCUUCGGAGACUUAUGUUAGAGCAUCUGAACACUACUUAUCUUUUAACAAGUUUCUUCAGUUUAAUUAAACAGGCUGUUUUGUGAAUGAGGUACUUUUGAAUGUUAAAGCUGUGUGUGACACUGCACUAAAAUGGGGGGCCUAGAAAGCAAUCUAAGCUCUCCAUGUCUCGGAAUAAAUAACUAUUGUGUUUCUCUCGGUUUAUGAACUCUUGAACGUUGACCCCUGGCAUUCCCGCAAUGACACGCCUUGCUUGAUCCUCGGAUGGACACCAACUUGAUCUCUCCGUUUGGGUAACUACCUAGCGCAUAACAAAGUCACACAGACCUUAAUCCUAAACUGUCGAAUGCAGUCUGUUAUCAUUUGGGAAGACUACUACAUCUAAUCCACGCUGUAAAGGGUAACUCAGUCAAAGUUUAACUAUCGAACUCGAAUCCAAACUCGAACAUGCCUUACUUCUUAUGAUAAGUCAUGAAAAAAAAAUCCAGCAUUUCCGGAAUCCUAAGCGAUAACAUUAAUUAGAAACCGAAUGUAGGCGAUAAGUAAAAUCACGAAAUCACGGCUUAGGCUGAGUCUACGCUGUACCGGAUAGCUCUUGCGCCGACACGAAACCAUGUCGGGUUGGGCUUUUUUUAGCUCUUUUCACAAAUAAAAACGGUGAUUUCGAAGCGGUUUCUUUAAGUCAACUGCACGUACAGCACGUUGUGGUGGUUAAUUUUGGUGGCUAUCUUUAGAAUUACGCAUGUCACACUUAACGUGCGAUCUAUCCCGGGUCCGGAGUAGUCAUCGCUUAUACAGUGCUAAAAAGACCCCUGGACGCAUAAACUAGACCAGGAUCAGCCACUUACUUUUUGCAAAAGUGUGGCGUACGAAAGUUACCUACAUAGAUUUGCCAAUAAACAAUAGCCUGUAAGCAGAGGUCUAAAUCAAAAAAGAGACGUCAACAUAAGCUCGUUACCAGGGCUUUUCCUAAUUUUUGGAGGAAAAGCUCUGGGAACAAGGUUGACGUCCACACAGUGGCUAAUUAGCUAAUUCUUGCAAAUUUUAGAACUUUUAACAUCUUAACACAUCAUUUGCAACUUAAAGAACAGUGUUAAGAUAUUGGAUUUGGUAUAUCAUCAGGUUUUUGUUUGACUGGUUUUUUUUUUUCUUUUUCAGUGGUUUUCAAGACUGCAGGGCUUGCGCGUGAACGCCACAACAGACAUGGUUUUGCCAGCGUAUUUCUUAGUUUUUGCUUUUAUAACGGCCAUUAUCUUUGCGACGAGUGUGCUGUUGAAUAGUCUUGUUUGUGUUGUGUUCUAUAGAAAGAGACAGCUUCUAAACGCUCCUGAUAUCUUUAUCGCUAGCGUGGCGCUUUGCGAUUUGUUUAACUCGAUUACUACUUUGCCAUUGAUUUUCGUUACAAAUACUCAAGGACGAUGGAUUUAUGGGGACAGCGGAUGCAAAAUAAUCGGGUUCAUUGCUACAUGGAACGGUUUGACUUCAUUGAUGAAUCUGUCAGCCGCCUCAUACGAAAGAUAUCAUGCACUAGUUUUUCUCCACAAGAAGAACCCAACUUUCUCAAGGAGAAAAGCAGUUUGUUUUUCAUUUGCUAUGUGGAUGUACGCUUUGUUCUGGAGUCUAAUGCCUUUGUUUGGCUGGUCAGGGUUUGAAAAAGAAGGAAUCGGGACAAGUUGUUCAGUUAGAUGGAAGUCACAAACUAAGCUAGAUGUCUCAUAUAACAUUUGUUUGAUAUUGGCUUGCUUUGUGUUACCAGUAAGCGUCAUAGUCGUCUGUUAUUACAAAACCUGUCGCGAGAUAAACAGAACGGCAAGGCGAGCGAAAACGACGUGGGGAAUAACAUCACCCUUUACAAGAAAAACAUUCGAAAUAGAGAGAAAGAUGGUCAUUUUGUUUGGCUUAAUGACCGUGGCUUUUCUCGUGGCCUGGACACCAUAUGCUGUUGUAUCUAUUAUUUCCAUGAUCUGUGGACCUGACGUCAUCAGUGACAUCACAGCAUCUAUACCAGCAUACUUUGCCAAAUCAUCAAACUGUUACAAUCCUGUUCUUUACUUUUUUCUGUACAAAAGAACGCGACGACAGGUUCGUUUUAUGGCGUGUGUUCGUAAGGAACAGAACAAAUAUCUAGCCACGAUCAGUAAUUCUGGCGGCACUCUGAGCUGA